AAAAUAUCUAAAAUCUACGAACAUCAGAUAAGGCUGGGAGCGUCCUCCUAUCUCUCUGUAUCCUUCCAGCAGUCUCCCCACCAUGGUCUCUGUAACAGUAAACACCUUCAAACCCCUAUUCUCCUCCACUUUCCUCAAUCCGCACCCUGCUCUCAGCCUCCCCCUCCACUCUCCCUUCCCUAAACAACCCCACAAACCCAUCUCCGCCACUUUGACCCCACCUUCCAACCCCCAACAUCGGCAGCUCUACCAACCCUUCAGGCCUCCCACCACUUCCCCUCUCCCUGCCCAGUUCCGCUCUCUCGACCUAUCCAGCCGUAUAGACAUCCUGGCCAACCGCCUUGGCUUGUGGUUCGAAUACGCCCCACUUAUCCCCACCCUGAUCCGAGACGGUUUCUCCCCAUCUUCCAUCGAAGAAUCCACCGGAAUCUCCGGUGUCGAGCAGAACCGCCUAGUGGUUGCUGCUCAAGUGCGAGACUCCCUCCUACAAUCCAAUACCGACCCUGAAAUCCUCUCCUCGUUCGACACGGGCGGUGCUGAGUUGCUGUACGAGAUUCGGCUCCUGAGCGCCCAGCAGCGCGCCGCUGCGGCCAGUUACAUUGUUGAACAAAGGUUUGAUGCCAAGGGCGCCCAGGAUCUCGCCCGCGCCAUGAAGGAUUUUCCUCGUAGGCGUGGGGAUAAAGGGUGGGAGAGCUUUGACUAUGCUCUACCUGGAGAUUGUCUCUCCUUUAUGUAUUAUAGGCAGAGUAGAGAGCAUAAUAAUCCAUCGGAGGAGAGGACCGCUGCUUUAGAGCAGGCAUUGAGGGUUGCGCUAACCGAGAAAGCGAAAAGUAGGAUAUUGGAGGAUUUAGAGGGGACAGGCGAGGGAAAAGGAGGGAAGGAAAGGGAUAUGGAAUAUGGGGUUCGGGUUCCGGUAGUGAGGUUGAAGAUUGGAGAGGUAGCAGAGGCGAGUAGCGUGGUGGUGUUGCCGGUUUGUAGAGCUGAGGAGAUGGAGGUAGGCAUUUUGGAAGCGCCGUGGGAGUGUAGGAGUGAGGGAGAGUUUGGUGUGGUGGUGGCAGAGAAGGCAUGGAAGAGGUGGGUGGUGUUGCCGGGGUGGACACCAGUGAUGGAGUUAGGAAAAGGGGGAGUUGCUGUAUCGUUUGGGGAUGCAAGGGCAUUGCCAUGGAAGGCGAAUAGAUGGUAUAAGGAGGAGGCUAUCUUGGUGGUAGCUGAUAGGGGUAGGAAAGAGGUGGCAGCCGAUGAUGGGUUUUAUUUGGUGGCAGUUGACAGUGGUGGUCGCGGAGCCUUGAAGGUUGAAAGAGGGUCGGCAUUGAAGGAAAUGGGUGUGAAGGAGAGUUUGGGGACUGUGGUUCUGGUGGUUAGGCCACCAAGAGAAGAUACUGAUGAUCAAUUGAGUGAUGAAGAUUGGGAGUGAAAGAAUGGAGGUAGAGUGAUACUGUCUGUGUGUUAAUCAGUGACACGAGUGGGGAUAUUGAUACAAUUCGUUUAGGAGAGUAGAAGCUGGAAGUUCUACAAAAGGGACCUCAGAUAAAUGCGCCCUCUAAAAAGGAAUAUUUUUUGUGUUCUUCCACUAGGAAUUUUCGUGUAAUUCUCAAUAUUAUUCAUCAAUGGGGAAAUUUUAGCCCUUAUAUUCUUGGCU